UCUCGGCUCUCGACUCGCUCGUGCUGCUGCUGCUGCUGCUGCUGCCACCGCCGAAGGAGGGGCAAAGCUCAAGAUGGCGGACAAAACGCCAAGCGGGUCUCAGAAGGCCAGUUCAAAGACCAGAUCAUCAGAUGUUCAUUCAUCUGGAUCUUCAGAUGCACAUAUGGAUGCAUCUGGACCCUCAGAUAGUGAUAUGCCAAGUCGGACACGACCUAAGAGCCCAAGAAAACAUAAUUAUAGGAAUGAAAGUGCCCGUGAAAGCCUUUGUGAUUCUCCUCACCAGAAUGUCUCAAGACCUCUUCUAGAAAACAAACUAAAAGCAUUCAGUAUUGGAAAAAUGAGUACAGCUAAACGAACUUUAAGUAAGAAGGAACAAGAAGAAUUGAAGAAAAAGGAGGAUGAAAAGGCUGCUGCUGAAAUUUAUGAGGAAUUUCUUGCUGCUUUUGAAGGAAGUGAUGGUAAUAAAGUGAAGACCUUUGUGCGCGGAGGUGUUGUUAAUGCAGCUAAAGAAGAACAUGAAACAGAUGAAAAAAGAGGCAAAAUCUAUAAGCCGUCUUCAAGAUUUGCAGAUCAAAAAAACCCUCCAAAUCAGUCAUCCAACGAAAGACCACCAUCUCUUCUUGUGAUAGAAACCAAAAAACCUCCACUGAAGAAAGGGGAGAAAGAAAAGAAAAAAAGCAAUUUGGAACUCUUCAAAGAAGAAUUGAAACAAAUUCAAGAGGAGCGUGAUGAGAGACAUAAAACAAAAGGCAGGUUAAGUCGAUUUGAGCCGCCUCAGUCAGAUUCUGAUGGUCAGCGGCGUUCCAUGGAUGCGCCUUCAAGAAGAAAUAGAUCAUCUGGUGUUCUUGAUGAUUAUGCACCUGGGUCACAUGACGUGGGAGAUCCAAGCACUACUAAUUUAUACCUUGGAAACAUUAAUCCACAGAUGAAUGAAGAAAUGCUGUGCCAAGAAUUUGGAAGAUUUGGACCAUUAGCCAGUGUGAAAAUUAUGUGGCCUAGAACUGAUGAAGAAAGAGCGAGAGAGAGAAAUUGUGGCUUUGUGGCCUUUAUGAAUAGAAGAGAUGCUGAAAGAGCUUUAAAAAAUUUAAAUGGAAAGAUGAUUAUGUCUUUUGAAAUGAAGUUAGGUUGGGGUAAAGCUGUGCCUAUUCCUCCACAUCCAAUAUACAUUCCGCCUUCUAUGAUGGAACAUACGCUUCCCCCACCUCCAUCAGGACUGCCUUUUAAUGCGCAGCCUAGAGAGCGGUUAAAAAACCCCAAUGCUCCCAUGUUACCACCACCUAAAAACAAGGAGGAUUUUGAGAAGACUCUGUCGCAAGCCAUAGUCAAAGUGGUUAUCCCAACAGAAAGGAAUUUGCUCGCCCUGAUACAUCGAAUGAUAGAAUUUGUUGUACGUGAAGGGCCAAUGUUUGAAGCUAUGAUUAUGAACAGAGAAAUCAACAAUCCCAUGUUCAGAUUCUUAUUUGAAAACCAGACACCAGCCCAUGUUUACUAUAGGUGGAAGCUUUACUCUAUUCUGCAGGGAGAUUCUCCAACUAAGUGGCGGACAGAAGAUUUUCGUAUGUUCAAAAACGGAUCUUUUUGGAGGCCACCACCAUUAAAUCCAUACCUGCAUGGGAUGUCAGAAGAACAAGAAACAGAAGCUUUUGUAGAGGAGCCUAGUAAAAAGGGAGCACUUAAGGAAGAACAGAGGGACAAAUUAGAAGAAAUCCUGCGGGGCUUAACUCCAAGGAAGAAUGAUAUUGGAGAUGCCAUGGUGUUUUGUCUGAAUAAUGCUGAAGCUGCUGAAGAAAUAGUGGAUUGCAUUACUGAGUCAUUGUCUAUCUUAAAGACACCCCUUCCCAAAAAGAUUGCCAGAUUAUAUUUGGUUUCUGAUGUUUUGUACAACUCUUCAGCAAAAGUUGCCAAUGCUUCAUAUUACAGAAAAUUUUUUGAAACAAAGUUGUGUCAGAUAUUUUCAGACCUCAAUGCUACCUAUCGUACUAUUCAAGGCCAUUUACAAUCUGAAAACUUUAAGCAACGGGUAAUGACAUGCUUCAGAGCAUGGGAAGACUGGGCAAUUUAUCCAGAACCAUUUUUGAUCAAAUUACAAAAUAUUUUCUUAGGACUUGUAAAUAUUAUUGAAGAAAAGGAAACAGAGGAUGUACCAGAUGACCUUGAUGGUGCCCCUAUUGAGGAAGAGCUUGAUGGUGCACCUUUAGAAGAUGUGGAUGGAAUUCCUAUUGAUGCUACUCCCAUUGAUGAUCUUGAUGGAGUCCCUAUAAAGAAUUUUGAUGAUGAUCUUGAUGGAGUACCUUUGGAUGCGACUGAAGACUCAAAGAAGAAUGAACCUAUAUUUAAAGUUGCCCCUUCAAAAUGGGAAGCUGUAGAUGAAUCUGAAUUGGAAGCACAGGCUGUAACAACUUCUAAAUGGGAGUUAUUUGACCAGCAUGAAGAAUCAGAAGAAGAAGAAAAUCAAAAUCAAGAAGAAGAAAGUGAAGAUGAAGAAGAUACUCAAAGUUCCAAGUCUGAAGAACAUCAUUUGUACUCUAAUCCAAUCAAAGAAGAAAUGACUGAGUCCAAGUUCUCUAAGUAUUCUGAAAUGAGUGAGGAAAAACGAGCUAAACUUCGUGAAAUCGAGCUCAAAGUUAUGAAGUUUCAGGAUGAAUUGGAAUCUGGAAAAAGACCUAAGAAACCAGGCCAGAGCUUUCAGGAACAAGUAGAACACUACAGAGAUAAACUUCUUCAACGAGAAAAAGAGAAAGAAUUAGAAAGAGAACGAGAAAGAGAUAAGAAGGAUAAAGAAAAAUUGGAAUCUCGCUCUAAAGACAAGAAGGAAAAAGAUGAGUGUACUCCAACAAGGAAAGAAAGGAAAAGGCGACACAGUACGUCCCCUAGCCCAUCUCGCAGUAGCAGUGGUAGACGAGUGAAGUCCCCAUCACCAAAAUCGGAGCGAUCAGAGCGUUCAGAAAGAUCUCAUAAAGAGAGCUCACGGUCCAGGUCAUCUCACAAAGAUUCUCCUAGAGAUGUUAGCAAAAAGGCCAAAAGAUCACCAUCUGGUUCAAGGACACCUAAAAGGUCUAGGCGAUCACGGUCUAGAUCCCCUAAAAAAUCAGGGAAGAAAUCCAGAUCCCAGUCCCGAUCUCCACACAGGUCUCAUAAAAAGUCAAAGAAAAACAAACACUGACAUAAAACUUUAAGAUGCUGUCACUUAUUGGAAAUGCGAUUUUGUUUUGUGCCUGAAUGGUCUGUUUUUUUUAAAAAAAAAAAAAAAAUGAAAGAGCAUUCCUGGGGUUUUUGUUUAUUUGUCUGUGAACGCAUGUGUACACUCAUGAGUAACUGCAUCUGUAGACCUGUCAUUGUUUUAUAUUGUGUAAAUUACUUUCGUUGUGGCUGUUUUCAAGAUGAAAUUUUUAUUGUGGUGAUGAAUUUCAUCAGAAAUGUGUACAAUGGAUCUGCUGGCAGUAGUAGUAUUUUGUUUUAGGAUGCUGUGACUUAGCAAAACUAAAUACAGAUGUCUUCCCCCAUUUUGUAGCUUUGACAGUUUGGAUUAGAUUUCAAAUAAAAUCUGAAUAGAAAACCAUAAUGUUGUUUUUUUGCCCUACUGGUGACAACAAGUCCCUUAAAGUCUUACUGAGUUUAGCACUUCCGUUGUGUUUCUAUACCUAAUGCACUUUACAAGCUCCAUUGUUCAAACAGCUCAAGUUUUAUUUUACUAAGAUGACUAUAAAAACUAGGGGACCUGAGAUUCCUAUUUGGUAGAUUUGCCAACCAGUUUCUUCAGUAGGUUCUCUUGAGUAAUAAUAGUACCCAGAGAUCAAAAGAUGAGGUGAAUGUGGCAUGGUUUUUUGUUAAUGGAAUGCCUAACUAAAAUAUUUUUUCUUCUUUCAAAGAAGCAAUAUGAUUUCAAUAUACUCAACCUCUGCCCUGAGCAAGUACUUAUUAGGGGAAGAUUAAAUCUCCAUCUUUUGAUUUCAUCUAUCAUGAAAGAAGUUUAUUUAUGAAAGAAAUUUUAUAACAAGAGUUGGGUAUAGAAUUUGUUGCUUAAUAGUUGUCCCUUGAUAGCCCUUUGUAGACAAUCUUCAAACCCUUGUGUUAGUGUAUUCUACAAGGUUCUGUUUAAAGAACCUUUGGGGGUUUUGUGGUUUUGUUUUUGUUUUGUUUUAGAUUUAGUUUUAGCUUUAAGUAAAAUUUAAAAAUAUAAUAGUUAAGGAAACUUAGCAUUCAGUGGUUUGUAAAUUCAAGGUGCAGAAAGUUGAUUUAAACCAUUUGCAGAGUUGAAAUCUGUUAUGCAAUGGGAAAAAAUGGCUGCAGUCUGAGGAAGAAAUAAGAAACAUCGUACGAUGUUGAUCACAAUAUUGCUAUAAAUGUAAUGGAAUAAAGGGCUGUGUAGACUUGAAGGACACUGCUCUUUUUGAAUCUGCUCAUUUCUCCUUCAGGCACUGUAUGCUGUGGUUUGAUGAGUUUUUUCCUCCUUAGAAAAGAGUGUAGAAAACUAUUCCAAUAAUAGGUUGUUUUGUGUUAGCUUGCUUUUAAAAAAAUAUCUUUUCAAGUUGUUUUACUUAAUUUUGCCUAGUCACAAAAUAAAAUAAGCUCUACACAUUUUGGGGGGAGUUAGGUAUAUUAGCUGAGCAGUGUGAGGCAUGCGAUUUCCAAACUGGACAAACUUACAAUAACUUUAGGAAUGAGCAAUCAGAUUAUUUUACUUAGUGAUUAUCAACAUGCAGCAUUAUUUGGAGGUUAUUCUGUUAUUAUUCACUCUUUUAUUUAUCCGUAUUGUUAGGAAAUGUCAACUUCUAAAUGUUGCUCAGAAUAAACACAAAUAUUUGGUGCUGGUAUUUAAAAACCUACAAAUACAGUAAUUUUUAAAGUUACAUGGUUUUCUUCUCAAUUUAUUGCCUGGGAGAAUGAAAUUUUAUAUAAUUACCUUUCUUUGCAAAAAUAAUGUUGAGCUGCUGCUGAUCUGGGCAUUCCGUAACUCGAUGGUAUCUAGUAUAGGCUUUGAAAUUAGUCAGGUAAUGAUUUUGCCAGUCAAAUUACAGGGAACACUUCCUUCUCUCUCUCUUAAAAAAUGUCCUGGAGAAGUAGGAGUGAGUAGAAAUUGUUAGGUCAGUUUUGGGUGCUUAUUUAUAGCAUUUUUUUCUACUGCAGCAGGAUUUAGCAGUUCUUUCGAUAUGGAUCCAGAUACAAUGAACAUUGUUUACUCGCAGUGGAUAAGACUAGCUUCCUUUUGGGUGGAUGGUGGGGAUGCUUUGGCUGAGAAUAUGUAGUCUCUGAAGUUUGUUAAUGUGUGUAUUAGGUGGCAUUGGAUUUUUUCCCUGAAUUGCAAGUAAGGUUGUUAGAUAGGUUAUUUUCAAUUUUACUUAAUGGGGAAAAAAAGUUAGCCUGUUUAAUUCUCCAUGGAUUUAAUGAAUGUUUCAUGGGAGAUAUUCUACCAUAUUUUUAUAAUAGCAUGUUAUUCAUGUUUCCUAUCUAUAGAACACUCUUAAUUAGAUAGCAAAAUUUCUGCAGUUUGACUAAAAUGUUCAUAGGCAGGGCCUACUAGUUACAGGAAAUACCCUGUUCUGGCUCUGUGAUGGACAGUUAUUAUCUUCUGUUACAGUACAUAUAAGUGGAAAUGCUCUGUUGUCUGAUCUUCUUAUAAAGGACAUGGUGUAAACCCUUUACCCUCUAACCUAACAUUCAUAAAAACAGGGAUUCCUUACUAGGUUAAUUAUCACUUAUUCUCCCUCUCUUCUACAGGUAAGAGAAAGUAUAAGUAAAUGGCGAUCUGUUUCUUACCAAAGAGAGACCUAUGAUUGAAAGAAUCAUGUUUGGGAAUUUUAUUUUUGGACAUACUACUUAUUCCUGUUAGUAAGUGUAUGAACAUUUCUGAACUGUACUGUGCUGAGAACUUAAGAGAUUAAAGUACUAAACAAAAAGCGCUGGCCCCAAAGAAGGCUCUAACUUGGCUCAGAAUGUUCUUGGCUUUUAAGCUAAAGUUUCAGAAGUUACUAUAUACACUGACCUAAUUUUUCUUUAUUGCUGACCAGUCCUCGGGGCUUACUCUGAGACUUUUAUCCUAAUUAAAGAAUAUCAGGAGGAAACUCUUGUAUUUUUUUCCCCCCAAAUUUUAAUAUUCUUGAGCACUUGAAAAUAUUUUUUAAGAUACGUCAGUUGUGAUCUAAUUUGGGUUUAUCAGAAAUAUUCUACACACAUUUACCUCCAUGGUGGCAUAAGUUCUGAAAAAUUAUAUGGCCAUAAUAGUUUAUCAUUUUGAUUAUUUAAAAUGAGGGCAAAUUAAUCUGUUUGCCAAAGUGACAAUCUAUUUUCAGAUGACCACAACAGUAAGGUUUCUUUAGCAGAGAAAAUUGUUUUUAAAAAGAAACAGUACCACUUUUCUAAGACUGUACAUUUAAGAAAUAAGAGCUUUUUUCCUUUGUUGUUUUCCUCUUCUAUUUUAAUGGAAAAGCUAAUUAUAGGAAAUUCAGUGUAGGUACUGAUGAAGACACUAGCAUAAAUUUAAAGAACAUGUGACUAUAAAAACUCAGCUAGGUUUAUUCAUAUUUCACAUGUAUGUUUCAGGAUGGAAUUUAGGCAGUCUUUUUAAUUCAUUCUCCUUUUGGCUUUUUUCUUUAUUUUUGUUACCAGCAUCCCAGGAGUUAGAUAAUAUACAAAUGCAAAUCCAGGGGGAAGUGCUGUGAUGAUAGAGUGGGAACCACUGCUGCGCUGAGUGAGCCUGUUCCACUGGUGAAAAUGCCUCAGUGUUUACUCAGUGCUACCUCAUGGAGCUUUGUGUACAUGGAGUAUAUGCAUAAUUGGUUAUUUAUUUAGUUGUGUAGAUUUGUAGCUAGAAUGUCCUCAUUCAUUUUCACAUGUAAUUAUGCUUGGAGUAUUUGUGAUUUCUCUUUUUACUUCAACAAGCUCUUGUACAUCUUACCUUUGGUGAUUUUAAAUAUAAGGAAAGACAGUUUUUGGAAAUGAGAAUAAUAUUCUUGAACUUGGCUCAGCUGAAAUAUUCUACAGGAAGACAAUUUCUUUUGGGUGAGCUGAUUCCAUCAUUUAGUUGCUCUUGAUUUGAGGAUCCAGUUGAUUGUAGGGCUGCUUUUCAAACUGUCACUUUAUAAUUUUUCUACAGAAAGAUUAUAUAGUUACAAACAAAGGUUGCAGAACUUCCCUUUUUGUUGUUUUUUGACUUUUGGUUACUUGAAUAAAAAUAUGUUGUUUUCAUAAGCAAACUUUAGGCUGCUCACAUAAUUUUCUCCAUAUAGUUUCCUAAUGCAAGCCCUGUAAACCGCAUCUAGUUUUCAGCAGCAUGUUUCCAAGUGAAGUUAAGUGAUGUGCUACCUUUAUCAGUUGUAGAUAAAAUAUUACAUUUUACAUGUUCAAACUACAAUGAAAUAUUUUUAUGAUAGCUUAUUUUCUUGAUUAGGAAAUUGUUUCCUUAUUGGUUCCCCCUUUUUUGAAGAGUUAUUUUGUUCUUUUUUAUUUCAUUGAGGGCAACUUCAAACAUAUACAGUAGUAGAAUUAAUAACCAUCAACCUGCAAAUACCAGUCUAUUAGUAUAUAUUUAAAUGUUCUGUUUUUAAAGAGUAAUGACAGUAUCAUUAUGUUAAAAAUAAUCCAUUUUUCCUUUAAAUUUUUUAUUUUUAAUUAUGGUAAAAUAUUCAUAACAAAAUUUACCAUCUUAACCACUUUUUGAUCUACAGUUAGUAAUGUUAAGUGUAUUCACGUUGUGUAAC